AUGCCUCGCUAUCUUACGCCGGCACGCAUCUGCUUGCUGAUCCUCAUCCGCCUGUACCAAGCCGGCCACUGCUCCUCCGACCUCCAUGUUCUGGACUUCAUCGCACGACACGCCGUCGUGACAAGCGAGCACGAUGCGCACGCAAUACAUGAGCGGAAAGCACUCUACUCGCCACACAUCACUGGUCUCGCCAAAAGACUGCAGCAAUGGAGCACUCGCCACCCCGGCCAGAGUGUCUACGAUCUGCUGCUUCACGCGCUGUGGGAGCUGAAUGGCCUCGACCAUUUGUCUGCUGUCAUCACUCAGAUGAAGUUUUUGACGGUACCGGGAGGCAAUCCGGAGAACCCCGAUGUCACGGUCAGGCCUAUCACGCCUGCAAGUCCUCUGGGGCAGUUCGUCCGACGCUGCUAUGUCGAGCUCACACGGCUGCACUUCGCAGACUCGCAGGCACUGUGGAACGCUUUCGCAGCGUACAGAGCGUCGACUUGGGACGGCUUCUCAGCUAGAAACCCUGACCUCGCCGAGCAGAUCAAGGCAGAGAGCAAUGCGCGAUCUUUUGGUAGUGCCCCGGCGCCUUCCACAGACUUGACAGAGACAGCUGCAGCAAGCGCCGUCGAUGCUGAUGUUCUGCUAAGCUACGCGAUCCAUCAAUUGCAGAAACUGGGACAGCGAGUGCCUGAGGAUAUCAAGUCCCGACUCGGACAAUGGGUCGAAGAUCAGUACGACUCCGGUACGCAAAGUCUGCACUUCUUCAUGGCCUUCUUCGAGCAUUGGCGUGCCGGCGAAUACACGAUGGCACUCGAAAGCCUUCAUCGCUACUUUGACUACUCCCUAGCCGCCAGACCUGGAAGCGACAAUAUGAAGAUUUACUACCAGUACGCCCUCCUCCAUCUCAGUGUACUACAUGCAGACUUUGAAUGUUGGGAGGAGAGCGUCGAUGCCAUGAACGAAUGCAUCGCCACGGCGCGAGAGAAUCAAGACACGGCUUGCCUCAACUUCGCCCUGUCUUGGCUGCUCUACCUCCGUCAUGGUCACCCUUCCAACGACAAAGCUGGAUUUCAAUCUGUCUCUGGAUAUAUUGGCAGCAACGGCGGCGAGCAAGACGAAAUCAACUUGCUCAAACAGCGAGCCCGUGAAGGCAAGCACUGGAUGCUGAUGAGUAGUACUCUUCUGGAAGAAGGUCGAAUGGCGAUGUUU